CGUGGCCAGUCAGAAUACGGGUGGGAAAAGCGUCUUGCUCCACGCUUGUGUUCAAUGUGACAUUAGAGUGUUUGUGGAUGAAGAGAGAAGAAGUGAGGUUCCUCACAGCGCCGUGUGUUCAUCAGCUGCCGAGGAAACUCCACGCACUCCACAGGCCGGGCAACCCACCCCCACCCCGGCAGGGUCAUGUCCGUGUGCAGCAGGAGUAGGGUUCUAGUGCGGUCUGUGAAGGUUCUGUUAGCCCCGCCCCCGGGGUGGCGCUCUCUCUCCACGUCAGCGUGUGUGUUUUCAGUGGGGGAGUGGAGGAGGGCGUCGGUGGGUGGAUGCAGGGUGGAACAGGCGUCUCGCUCCUCAGGGAGAACAUGCAGGAACCUCUCCGCCGCCGCCGCCAACUUCCUAAAUCAGCUCCGCCCCCUGAGCCGCUACGACCCGCUGGACCUGGGUGAGGUGGAGGAGAACACGCGCAAGGCUCUCACCUGCAGACACCUGAGGCGCUUCAUCAUCGACCCCGAGCUCGCACGCGUGGUCACUGAGCACCUCACACCAGACAUCGACGAGGGCAAGGCCGUCAUAUUCGAAUGCAACCCAGGACCGGGUGUGUUAACCCGCACACUGCUGAACUGUGGAGCUCACAGAGUGGUGGCGCUAGAGAGUGAUAAAUCCUUCCUCCCUGAGCUGCAGGAGUUGGAGUCUAAGCUGGAUGGACAGUUGCAGGUGGUCCACUGUGAUUUCUUUAAGCUGGAUCCAAUCGGUCAGGGCAGCAUGAAGCCUCCAGCCAUGUUCUCAGAGAAACUCUUCACACAACUUGGGAUCUCUGAGGUGCCAUGGACAGCAGAUGUACCGGUGAAGGUGGUGGGAAUUUUCUCUCAGAGGAACGAGAGGAACAUGUUGUGGAAACUGAUCUACGCUCUGUACGAACGCCUGAGUGUGUUCCGCUACGGCCGAGUGGAGCUCAUCAUGUUCAUCAGUGAGAGAGAGUACACUAAGCUGGCAGCGAGGCCUGGAGACUUCAGGAACUAUCAGGCUCUGAGCGCUCUGUGGCAGAUGGCGUGUGAUGUGGAGCUGCUGCACCAGGAACCUUGGACUUCUUUUGUUACAGCGUCAAAGCACGGAGGUCCAGCGAUACCCAAAAGCACUCAUGUUCCUAACGAUCACCUGUGCUUGGUGAGGAUCACUCCUCGUGAAGAUUUCUUUUCGUCCUCCGUCACGCCCUUUAACAGCAGCACACUGGUGAUGAUGGUCAAACAGUGUCUCACUAAACGCCGCUGCAGACUCAUCGACAAGCUCGAUUCAUGGAGCGCGGGCAGUGGCACAAACAUCCUUCUGCAGAUGGGACUCUUCGAGGACGUGAUGACCGGACAGAUCUCCCCGAACGAGUACAAACGGAUGUUCGAGCUGAUGGAGAAAUCAGAGGAGUUCACACAGAGCUGGCUUUAUGACGAGAUCCUAGAGAACACCAAAAACACAGGCUGUAGAUAAAACCUACACACACUGUUGAUUUUGUUGUGUGAUAAAUCAUCAUAUUUAUUUAUCACAACUUGCAGUAUAAUCACCAUGUAAUAAUAAUAAUAAUAGUAAUAAUAAUCUAGAUUAAAUAUUAUAAUUAGUUUUUUUUUUUUUUUUUUUUUUUUUUUUUUUUACAAAAUAAAGCUCUGGACGUUCUUAAGUGUUAAAUAAUGUUCCUGUGGAAGCCUUCUGUAAUAAAAUGUUGAUAAUAAACAAGAAGUUAACGUUCAGAAACCAGCCUCUACAACAUGACAGUAUACUUUAUAACUUCUUCUGAUCUCAUGGUUUGAACAAUAAAAUAAUUCAGCUGCUUCUAGAGUUACAAGGCUAAUGAUAAUGAAGCUGAUGGAGGUGAUGGAGGUCUGCAGCCAGGAGAUUAGUGAGAUGUUCUCCAGAAUCUUGAUCUGAACACAAUACAGUCAUGAUAUUUUCUGGAAUAUUAUUUCUUUCUCUUUUUUUUUAAUUUUAUUUUAAACAUUUUGUCUCCUAAACUUAUCCUAUAGAGUGUAUAUAAUUUGUAUAAAAUAAAUAAAGCAGAGUUUCCCAUGCUGGAGAUCUGGUGCUCUCACAGUCCCAGCAGCGAGAUGUCACCUGGAGGUUUUUUUAAGAAAAACUGUUUUUUCCCCCAUCUUUAAUGUAUAUAUUAAUGCUGUGAAUAUAAAAUUCUAAUAAAGAGAGAAUAAAGAA